UUGUUAUGUCUUCUGGUAUUGCUACAUUACUUUUGCUCCUGUGGAACAUACAAAACCACACAGACAAUGAUAACAACAAGAUCAGGACAUCAGCUGUGAAUUCAGUACAGUGCUAAAACAAUUGCCUGUUAUUGCAAAGACCAAACAUUCUUAUGUAAUAAUUAUAACUGGGUAGUGAGGGAGGGGAAAUACAAGAGACAACAGCAGACAUCUGAAAGAUCUUUCAAGCAACCUCUCUUUGUAGAUGAUGCCACCUUUCCCAGUAUUAUUUCAGUUUUAGGAGUGGUGCAUUGAAUCAUUUUUUGGUGCUGGCAGAACCACUUGUGAACAAAAAGGAUGCUUGUUGGUUUCAGGUAGAAGUACAUUAAUAAGGCAACAGUAAAUGGGGAAUAUGCAAUUCCGAUACAUAUAAGUAUAAGAGUGAGACUCGCCCAGUUUGCCUACUCACUUUACUUUAAGUAUUUAUGAGGAACGGUGUAUUAGUGUUUGUUUUGAAUAUAGAAUGGAAGUGCGUUUACGUAUUCAGAUACAAAUAUAACUGGCCAAAUAUGGUUGUGUUUACCAGUUGCACAUCGCGAAGAUAAAAUUUGUUUGUUUGAAGAGGAUAUGACAGACAAAACCCACAACUCGGAAAAAAGCUGUUGAGUUCGAUUACCGAUGGUGGUUUCUGUAUUUCGGAAACCAAGCACGAUAGAACAGCGCCAAGACCAAAGUUUGUUUUAAAUAAAAGAUUACACAGACAAAAACUACAGCCCCGUUAGGCUGUCCUGAGUUUGAUUCCCGAAGUGUACUGUUGCCUGUCCUGCGUUCUUCCACAUUUAUUAUUGCAUCAGCACAGAGUACACCUUGAGCCAGCCAAUGAAUAAAAGGCCUCAUAUUGGGCCAUUCUUGAGGUGUAACUGGGGUCCAGUGAAGUGACAUCACAGGAAUGGACCAGGGCCAGCCGGAUGCUAUCCACCCCUUAAUAUCAAAGCUGAAUGAGGCACUAGUUCUGGAGAACAAGUUCCAGCCUCAUUUACAGCUCCCUAGUGUAUCCCAGUUUACUAUACAGGAUCCAUCUGAGAUCACCACGGGUAUCAGAGAUGGAUCUGCACAUGUCCUACGCUGCCUGAAGGUGUGGUAUGACUUGCCCUCAGAUGUGCUGUUUGUUGCUGUCAACUUGAUGGAUCGGUUUCUUACCAAGAUGAAGGCACGUCCAAAGCACAUGGCUUGCAUUUCAGUGAGUUCCUUCCAUCUUGCAACAAGGCAGGUUUACCAAUACCAAAAGAGCUGUGGACUGGAAGAUGUUGCACCCAUCCCAGAUACACGUGAUUUAGUUGCUAUCUCACAGUGCAAAUGCACAUUGGGAGAUCUUACUAGAAUGGAGGGCAUUAUCUCAAGCAAGUUGGACACAGAGCCAGGUUUGCUGCCUGUCACCUCUCUCACAUUCCUGCAGCUUUUCCAUGCACUCUUUGCUGCUGCAGCAGAGCGACUUGGUGUUGGUCCUCUUUAUGCCAAGGUGGUAGCUGCUCCAUCCCUUUGGCUUCGUUUGGAGAUACUAGCCUGUGAUGCUGCAUGUGCCAACUUUCGGGCAAGUGAGGUAGCACUGGUGCUUCUCUGUACACAGCUGGAUUCAGGAGUUGCAGAACUUGGCACCAGGCAGGACCCCAGUACUGGUGCUGAGAUCAUGCGACUUGUCAACUUCGCCAUUGAACUACAGAAACUAUGCAAGAUUCCAGACAGCAGCUUCUUCUGCUGCCAUGAAGUGGUUCUGUUGAUCCUGGCAAGGUAUAAUGCACAGUGCCAGAUGCCUCAUCGCCAGCGUCUGGUAUGGAAGUUGUCCCAACGUACCUUGCGGUAUUUGCGGCCUACUGACAAGUUGACUUCCAUUAUGCCCACCAUUGAUGAACAUGGACAGCUGCAAAUGCCUGAACGUAUCAGAUCGGGCAGUAUCAGCUCUGAUGAAAGUUGGGAUUCGGAGAAAGAAGAGGCAGCUGCAGAAUGGAAUCCACCACUGAACCCUGCUGAAUGGACUGUUGGAGCUAUGAAUCCAUUGCUAGAAGAGGAUGAACAUAUUGCUAAAGAUGCUUCAUCAAAGUUCCUGCGUGACACUAUGGCAUCCUAAUUCUGGAGGCUUCAUCUUUUCUGUUAAAUAUUGGUACACUAAUUGUCCAUAUAUUCUUUGUGCUGUUGAUAUAAGUUCAACAAAUUAUGUGGAAAUAUUUUAAAAUAGUAAAAAAAAAGUUACAUAAAAUGCUCAUCAAAAAGUGUAUGCACACAGUAAGGAAUGUACUGUAAACAAAAGGUAGCUUCACUUGAAGUUCUGUCCAAGGCGUGUGAAUCUUGUGUUGCAUUUUCACAACGCACUGUGGGGGGGAGGAGAGUAAAUCUCAAAACUUUAACAGUGGUGUUAUACUAGUCAGUCUUGUUACCACGACAAGUUUUAAUUUCAUGUUGGCAUUAUUCAAGGCAAGCUGUGCAGCAGAUGUAUCAUUAUAGAUGAUUGAAUGGUGAUAUUUAAGAUAAGUUGUACAGCUAUAAGAAUACAUUUAUUUAUUAGCUGGUAAAUGUAUAUUACAAAAUAUAAUUUUUGCUUUAUGUAGGAUUUAAUAUUCCUGCCUGAGUAUUUGCUAUUGUGCUACAUCUGCUGUAAACCAAGAAUUUUGAAACCAGUUGGCUUGGUUCAUGAGAACACUGCCAUUCAUUGCUGUGAAUGCAUACUUAUCUACUAAAGAAAACAGCUUUUAUUAAUAAUGGAUGUAUACUGUGACAAAUUUUGAUUUGCAAGUUAAUUAUAGCAUUUAAUAAUUGUGGUUCCAAAAUCUUAGGUGGAUAUCUCAGGGGGAAAGAAUGCAUUGUUGCAAAGUAUGCACCACUGCAUAAAAUAAUAGGACCAUUUAAAAAGCACAAUGAACCACAAGAAUGAAAAGUACAAAUAAUUAUCAAAUCGUGUGUAACAAAACUAUUCUGUGAACCUUUGCCAAGAUGCAAGCACUCUUGUUUGUUUGGUUAGUCACCUUAAAAACUGAUUAACUGCUGCAUGCUUUUAAGCAUUUGGUGACCGUUCACUCCAAGAGCUUGUAUUUAUUUCUGUGCAACUGUCGGUCUUUGGAACUAAGUUUAAUCCAACUAUAUCUUAGCCCUUUUGUUUACAAGAAGGAUGAUGAAUGUGUGAAAUGUUUAGUGUUCCAGAAAAUGUAUUUUUCCCUUUAUAAAUAAGGUAGCCUAAGUAGCAAAUUCAGAAGUGCAUGUACAGCCCUGGAAGUGAGAUAUUCCCAAACAUUUCAGUAUUGUACACUGCAAUUAACAUAAUUGUUUUUCAUAUUAUAAGUGUGUAUGAAAGAUUGAUGAAUGAGCUGUUCUGUAUGAAGUAAUGCUGAAGGCAAUAGAAUUUAUUAUUACUUAAAUAUGAAUAAAUUUAUAGCUGUUACAUGUGAAUCUUUCAUUUGAUUUAAAAGUACACAUAGCUAAUUUUGUAGCUUCUUUCACUCUUGGCAGGCCAGCUGGCACUUCAUUAUUGAAAGCAGUGUGUGUGUGUAUGUGUAUACUGUAUGUAUUUGAAAUUUUGUAAUUGAAAUUCAGAACUGUAUGUGUGUUGAAAUUUAAAGUAUAUAAUAUAAACUAUAUCAUUCAUGAGAGAAAAUAUAAGACUAAUAAAAUGUUAUUUCAUAUUUAUUCAGAUGUUACAAAUACCUUUUAAAAUAAUGUUUGCAUAAAAAGCUGGAUGCACUAUUUGCAAAUUUGGUUUGGGCAGCACAAAGUGCUUUGAACAGGAAUAUACAAGAUGUAGUCUUGACAUUGUGCGAGCUGUUUCAGCUGAUACAUGAAGAAAGAAGCUUGACUUUCAAAAUUUACCUUUUCAUGUGUUCAUUUACUGUGUGAGAGAAACAAAAGGUUUCCAGAAGCAGAACAUAUAAUGAAAUUGUGCUGUGGCUUGAAAGUUUGAUGUGAGUUACAGGUACAUCUGAGACCAGAGAAAAUAGAUAUUUUUCUCCAAUGUAGCAGUCACUGGUGUGUUUUAUAUCAGUAAAAAGCAAAAUUUGCAGAGGUAGAAGAAGAGCUUUAUUUUUUACUUAAUUAAGAGGUAUCAAUUUGAUUUUAUGGUAUCAAGUACAGUGUGCCGGUUGACACUAAAACAUACAGAAAGGCUUUUGGAAUCCAUGACUUCAGUGAAAUGUAUGAUGUUUGCAGAAAUGUUUUGAAUGAAAUGAUGUAACAUGGCAAACAAGUUUUGUCAAAGCCUUUUUAAUACAAAGAGAAACUAGCAUUUCAAAAGUACUGGUAACAUAGUUAGGAGCAGUGAUAAAAAUAUAUAAGUUCAGACAGCAAUAAAGCAUACUGAUAAUUGUGA